AUGAGCAAGCCAUUACCUCAGCUUCCUAUUUCUCCUUCAAGGAGGCAAAGUGUAUUAAGGAAAAAUACAAUCAUGAAGAUGAAUGAAGGUCUUCAUGUCAAAGACGAGAGUGAAAAGGAAUUAGGAAGAAAGAGGAAUGCAAGCAUAAUGGAAGAUAUAAAAUCAAAAACUUUUGAAUCGGAUGUAUUGAAAGAGUUUGUGUUUUCAUUGAAAGAAGGUUCCGUUUCCAGACUAAAACUGUUAUUUACAACUUCCAAUGCAAGUCAAUUAAAAGGACCUCAUCUUUGUUUGGAGAAUAGAAAUUGUCUUCACUUGGCCAUUCAAUAUGGUUUCAAACAUAAAGGUUCAAAUGACCUUGAUUUUUCUAACGGGAGCUUUGUGUUUGAGAAGAUGAAAGAAUUGAAAUUUUUGGAUGAGUUUUUGAAGCUUAAAGAUUCAAAUGGACUGAGUAUGUUUUAUUCAUUGUUCAUUAACGAUAACAUGAUUACAGCUCCUUUUCACUACAUGGUCUGUCACACUAAUCUUUAUGAUUGUAUUAAUAUUUUGUACGAUAGUUAUAUUAGUGAAUACUUUGUUGCUAAUGCCAUUGAGAAGGCAGAUAAUUUUGAUGCUUGGAUUGUUGCAAAAGAAUUUAAAGAAACGAUCCUUAAUUGUGUCAUAAAAUGUGCCAUUAAUAGUAAUUUGGAUUAUCUAAAAUUAUUGAACAUGUUAGGUGUGGAUAUUUUACAACCAUUGAGUGAACAUGAAGUAAGUAUUUUGGUUUCUUUGAUUUCAGUAACAAAUAUAAAGACUUCCCUUCACCUUGCUGUUCGCCACGGUUCAUCUGUACUUGUAAAUUAUCUGUUGCAAAAAGGAGCUUACAUUGAUGCUUGUUUUUUCUCCACUCAUUAUCAGAACUGGACCCCAUUAUGUGAGGCUGUCAUGAAUAAGCAAAAGGAAAUGAUUCUUUUCUUAAUCAACAAGAAUGCUGAUAUGAACAGAAAAUUCAAACAUAAGAAAUUUGGAAAGGUUAACAUGAAUGUUAUAGCGCUUGCAUCAUAUCUGGGAGACUUGGAAAUGGUUUCUUUUUUCCAAUCAAAGGGAAUUAAUAUUCAGAAAUCAUUUUGUGUUUAUUGGGCUGCAGCUGGAGGUCAGAUAGAAUUAUUGAAAGUGUUGUUAAAUCCUCCGUUUACCCUUAAUAUUGAUGAAAAGAAUGUUGAUAAUAAGAAUAGACAACCUCUACAUGUUGCUGUGGAAAAUAUGAGAGAAUCAGUUGUUUAUUUCAUUGUCAAAAUGUUUCCUGAAUUUGUAAACUCAGUUGAUAAAGAAGGCAACUCUGCUCUUCAUAUUGCAGUUCUACCAGCAACGACAGAUGAAGAACUCGAUUUCAAGAAGAAAAUUACAACUGCUUUACUUGACGCUGGUGCAAAUAUUCAAUUGAAAAAUGCUCAAGGUAAAACACCAAUAGAUUUAGCUAAAGAUGAAGAUAUUAUUCACUCAAUUGAAAGAAAACAUUUGGAUCAAACAAUUAAUGUUGAGAAUUCCACAGCUGUCAACUCUGAAAUUAUCAAAAUUUUAAAUAAGAAAGUUGAAAACUUGGAAGAAACCAUUCAAAGACAAGACCAAUUGAUUGAAUUUUGUUUAGAAAGAAUUCAAGCUUUGGAACAAAAAUUAGAAAAUAAACAUUAA